GAAAUGGAUUCUGAAGCCCUUAAAAAAUACUCAGCAUUACAUCCUAAACCUGCUGGACUUACUCUUCAAUAUGGCACUGCUGGGUUUCGCACCAAAGCUGAUCAGCUUGAUCAUGUCAUGUUCCGCAUGGGCCUGCUGGCAGUUCUCAGGUCCAAAGCUGUGGUUUCUACUAUUGGCAUCAUGGUUACAGCAUCUCACAAUCCUGAAGAAGAUAAUGGUGUAAAGCUGGUUGAUCCUCUUGGAGAAAUGCUGCACCCUUCCUGGGAAGAGUAUGCCACACAACUAGCGAAUGCAGAGGAGCAAGAAUUACAGAAAAUAAUAACUGAGAUCUGCCAAAAAGCAGCAGUGAACCAGCACAAAGAAGCUUUAGUUUUUAUUGGUAGAGACACCAGGCCAAGCAGCGAGAAACUUACACAGUCGGUAAUAGAUGGUAUCUCUGUUCUAGGUGGUCAGUACCAUGAUUAUGGCCUGGUAACAACUCCACAGCUGCAUUACAUGGUUUGCUGUCAAAACACCCAAGGGCAGUAUGGGAAAGCAACACUGGAAGGUUAUUAUGAAAAACUAUCUAAAGCUUUCACGGAACUGAUAAAACAGUCUCCCAGCUCUGGAGAGAGUCAGAGGCACCUGAAGGUUGACUGUGCCAAUGGAAUAGGAGCCCUGAAACUAUCAGAAAUGGAGCCCUACUUUCCAAAGGAGAUGCUAAUUCACCUAUAUAAUAAUGGAACCAAGGAGAAGCUCAAUCACUUAUGUGGUGCAGAUUUUGUGAAAGUUCACCAGAAACCACCUAGAGGGCUAGACAUGAAGCCCAGUGAGAGAUGCUGCUCAUUUGAUGGCGAUGCAGAUAGAAUUGUUUAUUACUAUAAGGAUGCAGCUGGCCAUUUUCACCUAAUCGAUGGAGAUAAAAUAGCAACUUUAAUUAGUAUCUUCCUUAAAGAACUUCUUGCCAAGGUGGGACACACCUUAAAGAUGGCUGUGGUACAAACAGCAUAUGCCAAUGGGAGUUCGACACGCUACCUCGAGGAAACACUGAAGGUACCUGUGCACUGUGUCAAGACAGGAGUGAAACACUUGCAUCACAAGGCCCAGGAGUUUGAUGUUGGUGUUUAUUUUGAGGCAAAUGGACAUGGUACAGUAUUAUUUAGUAAAGCUGCUGAAACUAAAAUAAGACAACUGGCAAAAGAGGAGAAAGAUGAUGAAAAAAGAAAAGCAGCAAAGGUGCUAGAAAACAUGAUUGACCUGAUAAAUCAGACGGUUGGUGAUGCCAUCUCAGACAUGUUGGUUAUUGAAGCAAUCCUGGCUUUGAAAGGUCUGACAGUGCAACAGUGGGACGCCUUCUACACCGACCUUCCAAAUCGACUGCUCAAAGUUCAGGUUGCAGACAGGCGGGUUAUUGACACAAUGGAUGCAGAAAGGCGUGCAGUUACACCUCCGGGGCUACAGGAGAAAAUUGAUGCACUUGUAAAGAAGUACAAAUUGUCACGAGCGUUUGUCCGCCCAUCAGGAACAGAAGAUGUAGUUAGAAUAUACGCUGAAGCAGACACACAGGAGAAUGCAGAUGCCCUCGCCCACGAAGUCAGCCUGGCUGUUUACCACCUUGCUGGUGGAAAAGGAGCACCACCCCAGCCUAUGUAACAAAUGGUACAACUGCAGUUACUGCUCGUACCUUGACUUAUUUUUUUUUAUACUAUUUUCUUU